UGAGCGGAGGGAGAGGGACGUGGAAGGCGAGUAGGAGGCUGGCUGUGGCGAGAGCGCCGGGAGCGGAUGUAGGGAGCGGUUCUGGUGAGGCUCCCGGCGGGAUGAAGGCGCUGAUCCUGGUGGGGGGCUACGGGACGCGGCUGCGGCCCCUCACCCUCAGCAUCCCCAAGCCCCUGGUGGAGUUCUGCAACAAGCCCAUCCUCCUGCACCAGGUCGAGGCCCUCGUCAAGGCAGGGGUGGACCAUGUCAUCCUCGCUGUCAGCUACAUGUCGGAGCUUUUGGAGAAGGAGAUGAGAGAACAAGAGCAAAGGUUGGGCAUUCACAUUUCCCUGUCGCAUGAGAAGGAACCACUGGGCACAGCUGGCCCUCUGGCACUAGCCCGGGAUUUGUUGACUGAGAACUCUGAGCCUUUUUUUGUGCUCAACAGUGAUGUGAUCUGUGACUUCCCAUUCACAGACAUGGUGCGCUUCCACAGGCACCAUGGAAAAGAGGGCACCAUUGUGGUGACAAAAGUGGAGGAGCCUUCUAAAUAUGGUGUAGUGGUGUGUGAUGCAGAUACUGGGCGCAUACACCGCUUUGUUGAGAAACCCCAGGUUUUUGUCUCCAACAAGAUCAACGCUGGCAUGUACAUCUUAAAUCCAAGUGUGCUAGAUCGAAUCCAGCUACGGCCCACCUCAAUUGAAAAAGAAAUCUUCCCAGUGAUGGCAGAGCAAGGCCAACUGUAUGCCAUGGAACUCCAGGGGUUCUGGAUGGAUAUCGGGCAGCCGAAAGACUUCCUGACUGGCAUGUGCAUGUAUCUACAGUCUCUCCGGCUGAAGCAGCCCGAGAGGUUGCAUUCAGGACAAGGAUUUAUGGGGAAUGUACUAGUGGACCCAACUGCCAAGAUUGGCUCAAACUGCAGCAUCGGUCCCAAUGUCACCAUUGGGGCAGGUGUGGUGGUAGAGGAUGGUGUUCGGAUCAAGCGUUGCACUGUUCUGAAGGGGUCACGCAUCCGUUCCCAUUCCUGGCUUGAAUCAUGUAUUGUUGGCUGGAGCUCUUCUGUAGGCCAGUGGGUACGGAUGGAGAAUGUGACAGUGCUGGGAGAGGACGUCAUUGUAAAUGAUGAACUCUACCUCAAUGGUGCCAAUGUGUUGCCUCACAAAUCUAUUGCUGAGUCAGUACCAGAACCACGUAUCAUCAUGUAGCAGUUCUGGAGGCUGAAUAUGGGAACUGCUGAUUGGCCUCCUUCCUAUUUUGCCCUCUAAAUGGGAUAUCCAACUCUGUGCCUUGGCCGUUGGGACGCUUUGCUGAAUUCUCAACUAAAUUUUGCUCCAUAUUAUAACAACUCUGCCCCUGCCGCUGACAUCCUGACCCUUUGUUGGGGCCCCAGGAGUGCAGGUAGGACAAAGACAUGUGCAGGAACAAACCUCAGAAUUGCCUCUUGGAAGCAGGCGAAGGGGAAGUUAACCUAUGCCAGCAGCCUAGUUUGGAAAGUCAGAAAAUGGAAAAUCAUCUGCUUGUGCAGAUGAUUUUGGGAUAACAUAGCACCUCGGCCACUGUGAGACAACAGGCCCAAGAAGGGCUGGGGAAAUGAAUGAACAGCAUGUGAUGUCACUUCAAGGGAGUACUUGGUGGCUUCUGAAGCACAUGUGGAAGAAAGAGUGCAGAGCUGUCCUAGGGAACUCUAUUGCCUUACAAAAACUGGCUCUUGUCCUCUGUAUGGUCAAUAACCAACUGUAUUAUUCAAGAACUCUGGACAAAGCUCUGUUGUGUAAUGAAAACAAAUGAAAUAAUAUUAUAUUGUAAUUAAUAAUUGA